AUGGUCGAAACAAGUCAACACACGGCUGGGAUAAUCGAUUACCAAGUACUUGAUGAUAUUACGUUCAAUCCGGAGUCGGUGUUGAUGCUUGCGGGAGGUGAUAGAAUGGGUUUGAGUGACAGUGAUGGUGCCGAUGUCUCUUACACUCAAACUAAAUCUACCAAAAUGACAUUGGCUCAAUCUCCUACUUGGGGAAUUCAUUGGAAGAAACCAUCUUUUAUUGCAUUCAUGCUCGUUGCUGGCCUUGCCCUAUCACUCACCCAUCACUUUUAUUAUAUGUCGCUGAGUAAUGAAUUGACUGGCGAUGAAACAAAGCAAGCUUGGCCCACGCGUAUUGGCACUGGACUUGCGUUUCUAGUCACAUCGUGUCUCACGGCUGCAACAAGUGCUGCUCUUGGUCAAUAUAUCUGGAUGGUUGUUAAACAUCAACCAUUGACUAUAAAAAACUUGGAUCGGCUGUUUGCAUUGUCAACAGAUCCAACGGCAAUGUUUAGUAUCGAGCUCUUCAAAGACGCGAAACUUGCUCUGAUAUUGGGUGUUAUUAUUUGGUUGUUGGGUCUUGCAAGCGUUGCCCCUCCGGCUACCUUAACAAUCGUCGCAAGGAACAUCUCACAAGAAGUGCAUUUGCCAGUCCUUGAUUUCUCAAAAUCUACUUGGAAUAAUUCCAUGGAUGGUCAGUGGAACGCAGUCUCAGUUACCAACACCAUAGCUCUAAAUACAGCCUCAAACAACAACGUAUUGGAAUUAGCUCGACAGGUAUCCGGGUCAGAAUGGUCAUACACCUUGCAGUUUUAUGGCCCUUCUAUCAAAUGCAAUGAACCGAACAACACAGAACAGAUCUUGUUUAAAAAUCUUACCCAAUAUUUUGAGCAGGACAACAUUUUUACUUACAAUGAUCGAGACGAUAACCGUACAAAUAGCACAUUUGGUGUAGGGUCUGGCAGACUCAUUUACGCAUCGUGGAGCCGUUGGUAUGCAGCAGCCACACCGAAUGAUGGAAAUCUUCCACUUUCAUUUCGAGGUUUUGCCUUAUUAUAUCCUCAAUUAUGGGUUCAAACUUCAACCUCAGAAUUGGUGUGCACCGCGGUAAAUGCCUCGUUUCAGAUCGCAGUAUCGUAUGUAGAUGGUGUUCAGCAUGUCACCCAUCAAGAUAUAGAGAUUAUUGGGGAAUAUGACCUCUUUUAUGCAGAUGUUGGCAACAUACUAGGUGGAACUACCGAAACAGAUUCUAAUGGAGUCAUCACCACAAGCGCAAAAGGGGGCGUGGUCAAAGUCAAGUGGAAUGAAUACCUUCCACAUAUGUAUGCCCUUGGAGGUAUACUUGGCGGUAACAUUACCCUAAGAGACAGUUAUCUUACCAACAGUGAAGGAGUUCAGCAAUUUUCUGGAUACGGAACAACCAAUAUUCUUGGAACGGGAUUAAUGGCUUGUGACGAAAUCGCGAAUACCCCGUUCAAAGAUGAAAAUUCAUGGACUGUUCGAAAUAUUUCAACGACUUUUACUAAUACUUUCACUUCGACUACUCAACCAUGGCUAUGCCGAAAUCGAACCUUGGCGCAUGGUAUUGAAGACUUAGCGAACAAUAUCACCAUCAGUUAUCUCGGUUCUCCAAAUUUGACAAGUUACGAUGUACUGCAAAACAUCAUUACUUCUAACACAAGCAAUUACUAUGUGUAUCACCCCUUUUGGCUUCUUAUAUCUUACGGUUCGGCUCUGUUGUUUUCUGUCAUAGCUGUACUCAUCGGAGUUUACGCCAUACAUUCCAACGGAGUGGUACACUCGAAUUCAUUUUCGGCCAUUAUUGCCACCACACGGAACCCUGAAUUAAACCAAUGUCUGGGUCGAUCAUCGCUGGGUGCUGACCCAUUGCAAAAAGAUGCUGGCAACCGUAGAAUAAAAUUUGGUCCCAUGCAGAAUCAGACUACAGCUAGCGAUUCGAACGCUGCCGAUGGAGAUUUUGAAGUUCAAUGGCAGAGUGAUGAGAAAAUACCCCACGUUGCAUUUGGGUUGGAGCAGAAUGUUGGACAACUGAGAAAAGGAGAGCUUUACAUUUGA